CCAAGAGCUGCCGUUGUUGGCCUAGUACUAUGCUGUGCUGGGCCACUCAGAUGUACAGUGAAUACGGUGUUAUUUGCACUGCUUGUCCAUACAAAAAUUGCCCCUCUUGCACUGUGUACUAAGCGGGCAGCAAGCAGGCAGCGCUGCCCAGCCAAAGCACAGAAUUCUCACUGUGACUGGUGAAAAAAAUGCCCCACACCCCACCACAAAUUCGAAAUUCCACCUCGAAAGCCUCAACCCAGAGAAACACCACGCCUGCUUUCGCCGCAACACCAACAACACCACACACUCAGCAGCCUCGAUUAUUCAUCAUGGCUCAGCAGCUCGACUACGUCAGCAUCUGCGGGAGCUGCCCGGCCGGCGAUGGCUGGGGCCCCUCUGUCACCACCGAGACCACGCUUCACGGCGUGCCCUAUGCGCCUUUCUCCAAGGGCGACAAGCUGGGACGCAUGGCCGACUGGACUGCCGAAGGAAAGGACCGCGAGCGUGGAGGACGCACUCAGUACAACCGCAACUUCCGUGACCAGCAGGUGUACGGAUCCAGCCACGCCGUUACUUUCAACGCCCCUCCCGCCGAGGACGAAUCCACCUUCUCCGUUGUCACCAACACCCGCGAUCCCGUCAAGACUAGAUAUGGCCGUGGCGCCGUCUUCACCCGUGGCCGUGGCCAGCGUGGUGCUGCAACCGGUGCCCGUGGUGGUGCCCGUGGCGGCUCUGCUAGACCUGGUGCUGGCGGCCGUGGAGGAUACGAUAGCCGUGGCCGCGGUAACGCUGCUGGCGGUCGCGGCGGCCGUCGCUUCGGAUGGCGCGACUACGACAAGCCUGCCCGCAACCGCGACGCCUCCAUUAACAUCAAGGCCGACUGGGACCUUCUUGAGGAGAUUGACUUCAACCGUCUGGGCAAGCUGAACCUGGACACGGACGACGGCGAGGAUCUUGCCGACUAUGGCUUCCUGUACUCGUAUGACCGCUCCUACGACAAGCAGCCUGUCAAGGGCGCCGAGCGAAAGCUGACGGCCAUUGACCGCGCCGCCUACAAUGUCACCACCUCCUCCGAUCCCAUCAUCCAGGAUCUCGCCGACAAGGAUGAGGCCACCAUCUUCACCACGGACACCAUCCUGUCCAUGCUCAUGUGCUCCCCGCGCUCCGUGUACCCCUGGGACAUUGUCAUUGUCCGCCAGGGCAACAAGAUCUUCCUCGACAAGCGCGACAACGCCAACCUCGACAUGGUCACUGUUAACGAGAACGCCGCCGAUGCGCCCCUCGACGCCGCUGACGGCGGCAAGGACACCAUCAACCAGCCCGGCGCCCUCGCCGAAGAGGCCACCUACAUCAACCACAACUUUGCCAACCAGGUUGUCUCGGAGAACGACGCCUCCAAGGUCGACAUGGCCAACAGCAACCCCUUCUACAACGCCUCCGAGGACACCGACCCCCCCGCGUCCAAGGCCUACAAGUACCGCCGCUUCGACCUCUCCACCAACGAGGAGGAGCCCGUCUACCUUGUAGUCCGUACCGAGGUCGAUGCCGUCCAGAAGAACCCCGUCAACGGCGAGGACCAGCACAUGACGAUCCGCGCGCUCAACGAGUUCGACAGCCGCGCCCAGGGCUCCGGCGGCGCUCUCGACUGGCGCGCCAAGCUGGUCACCCAGCGCGGUGCCGUCGUCGCCACCGAGAUGAAGAACAACUCGUGCAAGCUCGCCCGCUGGACCGUCCAGUCCAUCCUCUCCAAGUCUGAUGUCAUGAAGGUCGGCUUUGUCUCCCGUGUCAACCCGCGCUCCAACGACAAGCACGUCAUCCUCGGCGUCAUUGGCUGGAAGCCCCGCGACUUUGCCGCCCAGAUGAACCUCUCCCUCUCCAACGGCUGGGGCAUUGUCCGCACCAUUGCCGACAUGUGUCUCAAGCACGACACCAGCGGCGCCGACGAGGCCAAGUUUGUCCUUGUCAAGGACCCCAACAAGUCCAUCCUCCGCCUCUACGAGGUCCCUGCCGGCAGCUUCGACGAGGAGGAAGAGGAGGAAGAGGAAGAGGAAGAGGACGACGAGGACGACGAGUAAAAAGCCGUUUUCCUUUUCCUAUUGGACUCUUCUCUUGCAUUCCCCCUGGUUCAUGUUUGUUAAAGGGAAUUCUCCGUUUGUGUUUUUGGGUUUUUUAUGGUAGACCGUGUCUAACGCUCUGUGGCAUCUGGAUCUUUUGUUCAUGACGAGAAAGUUUUAUAUCGGUGUUUUUCAUGAGUGUGCAACAUGGUGGGCGGACUGACGAAGAAAAAAAAGCAGGGAAUAAAGAAGCUCUCCCACCUCUUUUUUAGCAUUUUAGAAAGCUGCCCAGAUGAGGGAUGAUACAACGUAAAAAACAACUAGUUUAACAAAAAGUCUUGUUAUAUAU